AUGUCCUCGCAACCUGAGAAUUAUACCUCUGAUACCACGAAGCAAGAUGUCAUGACUUCAGCAAUCUCUAUUCAAGACGAACAACCAACAAAUCUUUUCUCUGAAAUCCGCAAAUAUCCCAAAAUCUCGGCCUACGCCCUAGGAUUAGCCCUCGCCUUCCUCCUGACAGGCUACGACACCGUCAUCCUCGGCACAAUCACCGCAGUCCCAUACUUCAAAUAUGAAUUCGGCGAACUCUACGGUGAUGCCUACAUCAUCCCCUCGUCAUGGCUAUCAGUCUGGAGUGCCAUAGCCCCUAUCGGCUCGAUGUUCGGAGCUGCAGCCGCAGGUUGGUUCCAAGAUAGGGUAGGAAGACGCUGGUCGUUGGCCUUCAGCUGCGUCAUCUGCGCUAUUGGUAUUGCCAUCGCGUUUUGCUCGAAUCUUCCUGCUGAGAUGGCGUCUAGACGGGGUACUUUCCUCGUUGGCCGUGCGAUCCAGGGUGUCGGUGUUGGUGGUGCGAUGGCUGGCGCUCAGACCUAUCUGUCUGAGACUGUUCCUGUUACCCUUCGUGGCUCAGCUAUGGCUUUGAGUCCGACCUUCAUGCUGCUUGGUGAGCUCAUCGGCGCAGCAGUUAUCUUUGGUUGUGAUCAUAUAGCGACUUCUUCUGCUUUCUUGAUUCCGUUUGGAACGCAGUGGAUUACUACUGUUAUGCCGUUUGUGGUUGCUAUCUUCAUGCCUGAGAGUCCUUCCUAUUUGUUGAAGAAGGAGCAGUAUGAGAAGGCACUGGCCUCGAUGAAGUCGUUGCAUACGGAUCGUAUCGAAGUUGAGCCGUUGUUGGAGCAGAUGCGCAUGUCAAUCAUUCAUGAGGAGCAGCUUUCGGCUGAGUUGUCUUACCUUGACUGCUUCAAGGGUAUCAACCUGCGACGGACGAUGAUCGUUGCGUUUUCCUUCACGGUGCCUAGCUUGUUUGGUGUUCCUCUUUUGUCGGGCGCCAGUUAUUUCAUGCAGGUUGUCGGUAUGUCGUCGAGUCUCAGUCUAAUCGUCCUUCUCGUCGGCAUUGUUCUGGGUCUUCUUGCCAAUGCUGUUGGUAUCUGGUUGAUGAGCCGCUUUGGACGUCGUCGCUUGAUGCUUGGCACUUUGGCAGUGACCACCAUCAUUUGGCUGAGUAUGGGAAUCGCGGGCUGCUGGUCUGGAAAUGUCGUUGUUUGGUACACUGCUGCAUGCAUGAUGGCAGUCGUCAUUGUCUGUGGCAUGGGCGCUUGGCCAGCAUCGUUCGCAGUCUCUGGCGAGGCCUCUUCACUACGUCUCCGUGCAAAGACACAAGGUGUCGGUGUUCUGUGCUACAUGUUGUCCAAUGUUGUCUUCAACUUGAUUCUUCCCUAUGUCUACAACACAGAUGAAGGUGACCUGAAAGGAAAGACCGGCUUCGUAUAUGCCGGGUUGUGCUUUAUGGCUUGCGCCGUGACGUGGCUUAUCGUACCGGAGAUGAAAGGCCGCUCAGCAUUGGAGAUUGAUGCUAUGUUUGAGGCAAAUAUACCAUGCAGACAAUUUAAACGGUGGUCUUGCGAGGGAGACUCCAUGGUUGGCGAUAAAGCAUGA